CCUGAGGAAACUGGCAGAUGAAAACAUGUUUACAUACAUCCAUGCAUUGAGCUCUGAUUGUCCUGUUUAACUCUUUUAAUAAAACAAGUGGCUAUAAAAGAUGGCGUCUACAUCCGACUCGGACAAACCUUCUGUUUCUAAUUUGGGAGAAAACAGAAGUCGCCUCUGCGAUGAGUUUGCAGUGAUAACAGGAACUGAUAGCGCUGUGGCUCAGUGCUACCUGGCUGAAAAUGAGUGGGAGAUGGAGAGAGCUUUGAACUCAUUCUUUGAGGCUGAUUUGGAGAAAGUAUUUGAAGAAGAUUUUCCAGAGAGUGAGACUGGCCCCAAAACAAAGAGGCAGAAGGUUGAGGACAAACCUCCAGGAGACUGUAUAGAUUUGACUGGAGACAGUCCGGCCUCCGCACGCAAACCUUCAGAAGAAGAUGAGAAUAAACUGUCUCUGAUUUCCUGGAACGUGGAUGGACUCGAUACAGACAACCUUGCGGAGCGUGCCAGAGGACUGUGCUCCUACUUAGUCUUGUACACUCCUGACGUGGUGUUCCUGCAGGAGCUCAUCCCGCCUUACGUCCAGUACUUGAGGAAACGGGCUGUCAGCUACCUCAUCAUUGAAGGUGGUGAAGAGGGUUACUUCACUGGCAUGAUGCUGAAGAAGUCACGGCUCAAAUUCUUAGAGAGCGAGAUAGUAACUUACCCCACCACCCAAAUGAUGAGGAAUCUGCUUGUAGCUCAGGUGACUUUCAAAGACCAGAAGUUGUGUCUGAUGACGUCCCACCUCGAGAGCUGUAAAGGCCAGGCAGAGGAGCGGAUGAAACAGCUGCGAGUGGUGAUGCAGAGGAUGAGAGAGGCACCUGAUGACGUCACCGUUCUGUUUGGAGGGGACACUAACCUGAGGGACACUGAGGUUGCCAAGGUGGGUCUGCCCUCCAGUGUCUGCGAUGUGUGGGAGCGACUGGGAAAGCAGGAGCACUGCCGCUAUACAUGGGACACCAAAGCCAACAACAACAAGACUGUACCUUACGUUAGCCGCUGUCGCUUCGACCGUGUCUACCUUCGCCCGGCCACAAAGGCUGGCGUUCAACGCCUGGCCCCCGACCACAUGGCCCUGGUGGGGAUGGAGAAGCUGGACUGUAGACGCUUCACUAGUGAUCACUGGGGGAUCUACUGUAGCUUCUCCGCUGCGUAGAAAUACACAAAACAACAUGAAAAUUGAAAGUUUAAGAUCAGCUGGCCGAUUAUGUUCUGUGUGUAAGUGCAGACCUUGACCGGUACUGACAGACCACAGAAACGCUUAUUUUGUGAAACAUGUUUUUCUGACCUCAUCUGAGAUUGGUCACCAUUUCAUUUUAUACCUUGAUUAGAUUUGUUUUAUUUUCUUGUCUUAUCUCUGAUUCUGUACAAGUUGUUUUUUUUAAUAGCUUAAUAAAUGAGCAAUGCACCAAUAAAUGUUAAAAUAUCA